UCUUCAUUUUUCGUUUAGAGGAAAAGAGAGGAAAAAGAGCGGAGCAGACAAUGAAAAAAAAAAGAAAUCCAUGUUACAGCAGAGCCCCCUUGAUCAAUUUUCCAUUGUACCAUUUUUUUCUCUUCCAAUUGGAAGUUAUUAAAAAGGGAGGAGGAAAGUUAGUACCAAAUGCUUGUCAAUCCGUGUUAGAGCUUAUUUAUGAUUUUGUGUCGAACCUGUGCCAUAUCCAUUGCCUACAUUUUUAUGGGAUGGAUGGAGUAUUACAAGAAUCAAAUAUCAAUUAUGCAAAGAAGGUUGAAAUCCCUCAUUUCGGCCAGUAUUAUUGUGAGGGAGCGUUAAAUCAUGGUAAGCAGUGGCCUGCUAAGGAGGAGGGUCGUAACUCUGUAUCCUACCAAAAGUCCACUUCGCAAAGUCUCACACUUGUGCCUGUGAGAUAUUGCAACUACACUGCAAUAAUGGGAUUCGAUCCUUGUCCACUUAUGCUGAUGAUGGAAGUCAAUUGAUCCUCCCAAGGCCUCAUAUACUUGCUCAUUUAUUUUGUUGUGUAAAGAUGAAUGGAAUUGAUUAGUGGGAAAGGAAUUUUGAAAUAGUUCGAAGAGUGUUGGCUUUGAAGGUUGGUGUUACAAUAAUUGUGUGAUUAGGGAUUAGGUAUAAACAUCCAUUAGAUAU